AUGUUAAUUUAAGCUAUAGAUAAGCGCAAAACAUUAUAUGAAAAAUAUAAAGAAAUUCAACAACCUAUUGAUUAAAAGGUUAUUUAAAUUUAUUCUGCAUUUAAUUAUUUAUUUUUUUAAUACUAUAAUAAAGUAUAAAUAGUUUGGUUUGGAGAUUAAACAUUUGAAAUCAUUUGUUUUCCUUAAAGUAUAGUUUUUAUUGAUUAGUAUAACUUAUUCUAUAUAAUUGAUAAGUAGAAUUAGUUGAUUAGUUUUUAUAAAAUUAAUAAAUUAUUUAAUUAUUUAUAACCUACUAAAAGAUAUGUAUAUGAAAUACCAAAAUCAUAUUAAAGAAGUUAUACAUUUUAAUGUUAUGAAAUUCUUUAUGAGGAUAUUAAAACAAAAUCUAAUAUUAUAAAUUAUGAGUUCAAGAAUGAAUGUCAGUCAAAAGAGGAAAUCAUUGUUAAAAAAGAUAACUACAAUUUUCCUAAUUAUUAGGAAUUUUUAAAUCUUGGAGAAUACUAAAACACAAUUAAGUAUAUUAUAUAGAAUGUAUAUUUGAAAGAAUUUUGUCCUGUUAUUGAAUAAUAUUUAGAAGAAAAUGAAUUAUUGUAUUAUCAACCAACAAACUUAGAAAAUUAUGCUAUUCUUAAUUCAAAUGAUACACUCUAAGUUUUAUUUUGCAAUAAUCAAAGCUCAUUAGAAAAAGAUGUUAGAAACUACCAAGUAAUUCAAUUUUAAAAUGGAAUCCUUUUGAUUAAGAAAAAACUAUAAAAUACUAAAGUUAUAUAUUAUUCAAUUGGUCUAAAUUAACAACAUUAAAUUUAAAUAAAUUCUUAAAUUUAAGAAAUACUUUAAUUUAAAUAGUAUGUAAUAUUAUAGACUGAAAAUUAAGAAGAUUAUCUUUUUUUGGAUAUUUUAAAUGCUAGAAAAUGCGAGAUUUCUAAUAAAUUGAAAAAUAUGUUAAAUAUAUUAAAUAAAGAUUAAAUUUAAAGUAAAAUGAUUAGAUUUUAUUUUGAUUAGUUUCCUUUAUUUUAAAUUUAUUAAAUCAAUAAAUAAUUGGUUAUAGAAAAAGCAGAUUUAAUUUAUACAUAUAAAAUGAAUGACUUAAGUGUCAUUUACACUGGUGAAUCUAUGAAAUUAUCACAUAAUGAAAUACUUUUAUAUAAAUAUUGUGUAAUAGCUAUACACAAUAAAUAUAAUAUUAUCAAAUAAUUUAUAUUAGAUGAUUCUCUAAAACUAUUUGAAAAUUAUUAAAUAGAGGAUUAUGAUUUAAUUAGACCUAUAGUAUUUUAAAACUCAUAGGAAUUUUUAGUAAUUGCAUUGAUUCAAUAAGAUUAAAAUUAUUUGUUUAUAUUUUAAAUUUAUUAACCUCUUAAAUUAAUAAAGAUUUUAAAAAUAGGUAAAUUAAAAUUUCAUUUAAUUAAUAAUCUACUAUAUUAUUAUAAUAAAGACUAGGAAAUCCAGAUUUUUAAUGUCAAAUACAUUACAAUUUCAUAUAUGAAUCUUGCUGAAAAUUAGAAAUAAAUAGUUUUAAAUGAAAAAAUACCAAUAUUAUUUAAACAUUAAAUAGAGGAAAACCCACAAGAUCAAUUAUAUUUGGAAAUAAAAGUUAAUAAUUAUUGUAGAAAGUUGAAUUCAUAACAAAAUGAACAAAUAAUUUAUGUUGAAGAAAAAGAGAUGAUAAGGAUUGAAAAUAUAGAUAUGUUCUAUGGUCCUAUUGAUUAGUUAUCAUUAAUAAAUAAUCCUAAAUUAUAAUUGGUAGGGCCAUUUUUAUAAUAGUAAGAAAUUGAAGAAUGUCUAAUAUAACAAGAAGUUUGUUAUACAAAUAUGGUAUUUGAAUAAACUGUGAAUGAUGAAUAAUAAACAUUAUUCUAUAGUUUAAGGUAUUAUAAUAAAUAUAAAAUUCUCCCAUUUUAUUCUAUUAAAAAUUUAAAAGAAAAUGAAAUCAUCACCAAAGAUGUUUUCAUUUUUCGAAAUAAUUUAGUAUUAUACUUCUCUGAAAUAAAAAAAUUAGUAUUUGCUGAUGUUUUAUAUUUUAAUAGGACUUUAUUGAAUUAAUAAUAUGAUAAAUUAGAAUUAUAGGGAUUUAAAAAAGAUGACUUUAAGUAAGCUUAAUUUUAUCAAUCAAAUAAUUUGAUAUUAAUAAAAACAAAUUAAUCAGAAAAAUUACUAAAAGUAACUCAAAAUCAGAUUGCUGAAAUUGAAAUAAAUUUUAGUUUAGCUAAUAUUCUAUUUAUUGAGAAAUCUGAUAAUCAAUAUAUAGAAAUGAAAAUCAUAAAUAAACUAGAUGAAUGUUAUUUCUUAUUCAAUAUUUUUUAGUUAAAGAAUACUGAUUUACUUAUAAAAAAUUCUAUUAAAAUUGAAUAAGAUAAAAUAGAAAGUAUUCUUUUUACACAAAUUGAUAUCGAAAUAUAUUAAUUACAAGAAUAUUUUAAAAAUUAAUUACUUGAAUCAUAUCUAAUUGAAAAUGAAAUUGAAUUAAAGGUCUUACAAAUAGGAUUGAGUUUUUCAGUAAUAAGCAAAAUUACAAUAAAUUUAAAUAAAUAGAAUAAUAUUUAUGAUACUAUAUAUGAUAUUUAAAAGAUAAUUAGGCAUCCAAAAUCAUAUGAAAUGCUAAAUUUUGAAUAUUAUGAUAAUAAUAUUCUAAUUUUAUCUAAUUCAAAUAAUAAAUAAUCAUUUUUAUAUGAUUUAAGAUAGAUUAAACAAUUUUAUGAUUAUAUUUAAAAAAUAGAUGAUAAUUUGUUAAAACUAUAUCCUUUAAAUACUACACAUUACUUAUUUUAUUUUAAAGAGAUCAAUCAAUUUAUAAUAGGAGAAAUAGGAUUUGAAAUCUAGAGAUUAGAAGACCUGGAUGAUGUUGAAACUUGUAUUAUAAAGGCUUCAAAUUAGGUAUCACAAUCUUAAUUCACAUUAAUAAUAAAAAGAGUUAUGUUUUUAUCAAAAGAAGCUAAGAUAAUGACAACAUCUGCAAUAUUAUUAGGAUCAUUCUAUUUAUUAAGAAGAAAUAAAUUAAAACAAUAAGAAAUCUAGAAUCAGAUAUCUAUAAAUUCAUAAAUAAUUCAAAUAAAUAAUGAUUGA